UGUACUACUCUGCAGUCUGCACUUUCCCCGUCUCCUCAAUUCUCCAAAAGUCCAAAUCCCCAAUCUCUUUUCUAUCUCUCUUCCCGUGCAAACCCAAUCCCUAUUUCUCUUACUUGUUUGUUUAAUCCCAAUCCUCAAUCCUAAGAAUCUGAGCAAAUCUUCCGGUGCUGCUUAAUCCCAAUUUCUCUGUCCGCCGGAGAGAAUUGGAUUGUUGGUUGGAGGAGCGGAGGAGCAGAGGAGUCAAGGAGGAGCGGACGAGCCAGGGGCCGCAGCCCGCAGCCAGGGAUCGACGACCGCCCGAUAAGGUAGCGUGCGAGCGCCGCAGCCCGCAGGGCGCAGGCCGCCUGUUGCUCGGUACUCGUCGCCUCACCGGCCGGCCUCCCGCACCAAACGCGGCACUGUCCGCAGUCCGCUCACGAACAGGCCAAGUAACUGAGGCCGAGUUUGGAAAAUGGAUAAAUAUGCCAAGUUAUGGGCUUCGAAAACCAAUGCCCCAGAUUCUUCAGAAACAUCACCUGGAGCUACUGGACCGCCUGUAGUGAAUAUCAAUGCAAGGCCAACUGUUGUACAAAGAGUUGUGGAAGAGGCAGUUGAUCUCAGUAAGCUCCAGCUCAAAGAAGACCAAUUUCGCAGUUUAAAACCGCCAAAGUCCGUGAUGACGUGAGAAGAGCUUACCUCCAGAAAGGGCCGUUUCAACCAAAAAAGCACAAUUUUCUCCAAACGGAUAUGAGUGGAAUUAUGCGCCGUUUUAAUCCGGACUGGUUUAAGGAUUAUAGUCGCUGGCUGGAGUACAGUAUAGAUGAAGAGGCGGCCUUUUGUCUUUGUUGCUAUUUGUUCCAAAAUGAAACUCUAGGGCAUGGUGGCGGCGAUGCAUUUUCCACCAAGGGAUGGAAAUGUUGGAAUAAAUGUAGCAGACUGGAUGUUCAUGUUGGUGGUCCUUCUAGUGCUCACAAUCAAAAUUUGAAGAGAUGUGAUGAUCUAAUGAACCAAAAGCAAUCCAUAGCAUCUGUCAUGCUUAAGCAAACAAAGAAAUCUAAGAGGGACUAUCGAGUUAGAUUAAUUGCAUCAAUUGAUAUUGCAAGAUUGCUUCUUGUUUCGGGAUUGCCGUUUCGAGGACACGAUGAAUCUGAAUCGUCUAAGAGGAAGGGUAAUUUCUUUACCUUUUACGAAUGGUAUGCUGCACGUUGUCCGGAAGUGAGUGCUGUUACUCUAGGGAAUGCUCCGAAGAAUUUCAAAUUGGUUUGUUCUGAUAUUCAGAAAGAAAUUGUGCGUGCUUGUGCUGAAGAAACACUUAAAGCUAUCAUAGAAGAUAUUGGAGAUGAGUACUUUCCAAUAUUGGUUGAUGAAUCUCGGGAUGUAUCUCACAAGGAACAAAUGGCUCUAGUUAUAAGGUAUGUUGAGAGGAGGGGGUUUGUAAUGGAGCGGCUUAUUGGACUUACUCAUGUUAGUCAAACAACUUCUCUUGCACUGAAACAAGCUAUUUAUUUGUUGCUCGCAAAGCAUGGACUUAGUCCUUCGCAAAUCCGUGGACAAGGGUAUGAUGGAGCUAGCAAUAUGCAAGGUCAUUUGCAUGGUUUGAAAACCCUAGUGAUGGAGGAUUCUAGGUCUGCUCAUAGCAUCCACUGUUUUGCACAUCAACUACAAUUGACACUAGUUGCGAUUGCAAAAAACCAUGAAGAUGUUGUAUGGCUGUUUGAGUGGAUGACUUAUAUCCUAUCCACGAUAGGAGGUUCUUUCAAGAAUAGGGAUAUGCUUCGUGAGAAACAAGCAAAAAAAAUUGAGGAGGCAUUGCAAAUGGGUGAACUUGAAACCGGGAGAGGAUUGAAUCAAGAACUUGGGCUUAGAAGAGCCGGUGAUACUCGAUGAGGUUCCCAUUUCAAUUCUCUCUUGAAUAUGAUUGCCUUGUUUCCCUCGGUAAUUGAAGUCAUUGAUGAUAUUGCGGAAAAUGGACCCAAAUCUAUUGAUAGGCUUAAAGCAAAGGGGGUAUUGGAUGCUAUACAAACAUUCGAUUUUGUAUUUAUGAUGCAUGUCAUGAAGGUUAUACUUGGGAUUACAAAUGAUUUGAACACCUCUUUGCAAAGGAAGGACCAAGACAUUGUCAAUGCUGUCUCAUAUCUUGGUACAACUAAGAGGAGGCUACAAGAGAUGAGAAAUGAAGGCUGGGAAGGUAUGCUUAGCAAAGUUAUUCAGUUUUGCAUCAAACAUGAUAUUUCACUUCCAGAUAUGGAUGCCAUGCAUGUUCCCCGAGGAUCAAAGUCAAAGAGAAGAACCCAGAUUGAUGGCGUGUCAAAUGAAGAUUACUACCAAAGUGUUAUGUAUUUUUUUUAGAAAAGGAGGAUGACCCCCUGCCUCUGCAUCUGGGCGAUGCAUACGGCCACUUUAUUAAUUAUUCUCACAAGACCUUACAAAGUAAUACAACAGCAAGACUAAAGCCACCGUCUAAGCAACAACUGUCGCUUCACCUAUUCAAAUGAUGAAGGGGCGCUGAUAGCCUGGGCCUAAUACCAAACAGACAUCGCAGCCAAACCUAAACAUCUAAGACCUGUGGUCCCAACCAGGACGCCUGCCUGGUAUGGGGCACCUACCAGUCCGGCGCACUUCUCAACCAGGACGCCUGCCGGGUAUGAGGCCGCCGCAGCCACCUGCCACGAGUCCAUCUUUAGAGCUGUAUUGUUGCAUCUACCAUGCCAGAUCUCUCUGCCAUCGAUGUCACCACGACGCCAGACAGCGUCGUCCUCCUGCGCGAGUCCAUCCUCCCAUAUCGAACUCCGAAUCUGCACUGCGCCACACCAAAGUGUCAUGUAUGCUAUCAUUGAUCUGUUGCAUGUUGAGUUGAAUGAACGGUUCAGCGAAACCGGCACUACCUUGCUACUUGGAAUGGGCUGUUUGGAUCCUUCAGGUUCUUUCUCUAACUUUGACAAAGAAAGAGUAUUGGCCAUGGCUCGUUUAUAUCCUGAUGAUUUUGUUAGUGAAAGCAAGGUAGAAGAACUUAGUUGCCAACUUGAUAACUUUAUUGCAAACAUCUGCGAAGACUCCAGAUUCUCAGACUUGAAAGGUGUUGGUGAACUUUGCCAAAAGUUAGUUGAAAAAAAGAAGCAUACAACCUUUCCUCUGGUUUUUCUUUUGCUGAAGCUAACAUUGGUUUUACCCGUCGCCACUGCAACGGUUGAGAGAGCACUUUCUGCAAUGAAAUACAUCAAGUCUGAUUUGCGAAACCGAAUUAGCGAUGACUUUCUAUCCCAUGAUUACUUAUGUCGAAACUGAUGUAUUUCAGUCGAUUAGUACUGAGGCCAUCAUGCGUACCUAUCAAGGUUUCCAUGAACGUAAG